UCUCUGCUCACGCUUGUGUCUGAUACGGUACAACAGUUCAGGUUGUGGCAGCAUUGCGUAAAGUCCUUGAAACCCCGGGAUUGUUGCUGCUUACUGGAGAAUCAAUAACAUUUAUCGGGAAACAACUGCUCGGUGUGAAAAACGAACGGAUGUCAGGUCCGUUCCAACGUCUACAACACCCCUCAAAAAUAAUCUGAUAAUCCCCAGACUCCCAAAUUGAGGGAACCGACCGGGACCGCAGGGACUCAUUCUGGUUACUUCUGCGCAAAAGUGCAGAAGAAUCGUAUUGCGGAGCAAAAGGAUUAGAUGCGAAAAACGCCCAGUAAUUCAGGGUGCUGUUGUUAAAGCCUCUGUUUUUGGGGACUUGUCGUUGAGGCAUCAAACAGGAGGGGGUUGAACAAUCGAACUGGAUUGAACGUUCGGGAUGCGUCUGUUAUAGCGGGAUCCAUUGAACCGAAAACUGCUGUCUUCUGAACUUAUCCGCUUCUUAUCCGUCUCUCCCCCCUCGUCGAGCGGGUUCUCGCGACUUUUCAGACUGCAGAGUCCGACAGAGAGUCGCACUACUCAAUGAGCAUCUGUUCGCAAUUACACGGGCUUUGGAUGUGAUCUAGAUACCUGGCUGCACUCAACUCUUCUGUCUGCACAUUCUCGCUUUUAUCACGCAGCAACCACAAACCACACCGUUAAGUGCAGUUUUAUUAACAGUUGAACGAAAGCACACUGUAUCCUCGUCGAUUUAUUGUGAACUGGUGGACUGAAGGAGAUUCUGUAGAAGUUGCAUGAAUUGCCGGAUCGCUCGUUGCAGAUCGGAUAUUUGACGCAAGGCGAUGGCGAUGUUGGCGAAUAUUUGGAUACUCCUGCUGGUCGCUUUAAACGCUCCAGCGGGCAAUGGACAAUCGGUGCAGACAGACCCCAGUAAGUCUGGAUUUGUGGGAGAUACGGUCGAGCUGCGCUGUCUCUUCAUCAACAGUAAGCCACCGGUAAAGAUCUCUCAGGUCACCUGGCAAAAGUUCAUAAAUGGCAGCAAACAAAACGUUGCCAUUGCUAACCCAGCUCUUGGAGUAUCAGUCCUUCCCCCUUUCAAAGACCGUGUGAGCUUUAAGCACCCCGCCGUGCGCCAGAGGACCCCCUCAUCUCUCGAGGACACCACUAUUGUCUUCAACAGCCUUUGGCUUUCUGAUGAGGCAGCCUACAUCUGCGAGUACACCACCUUCCCAGCAGGCAACAGGGAGAACAUGGUCAAUCUCACCGUCUAUGCACGACCAGUAACUAAGAUGACCUUGACCUCACCCACCAUCAUUGCACGGAUGCCGAAGCGAGAGAUACCAGUGGCCACCUGCAUGUCGGCUAACGGCAAGCCUCCCAGUGUUAUCAAAUGGGAUACCACCAUAAACGGCAGGGCCACGUUUCAGGAAACACGCAAUCCCAACGGCACUGUCACCGUGCGCAGCAACUACAUCGUAAUACCCAGCCGCGACACCCACCGGCAGAAGCUCACAUGUAUCGUCACCUAUCGCGCAGAAACCUUUACAGACAGCGUCAUACUCAACGUCCAGUAUGAACCAGAGGUGAAGAUCGAGGGUUUUGACGGGAACUGGUACUUGAAUCGGCAAAACGUGCAGCUCACAUGCAAUGCAGACGCCAACCCAGCCGUCACUGUGUACCAGUGGAAGUUACUCAAUGGAUCUCUUCCCAACAAUAUUGAAAUCAAGAACAACACCCUGUUCUUCAAAGGCCCAGUGACCUAUGAGCUUGGAGGAACGUACGUCUGCGACGCAACCAAUAGCAUUGGCACACGAUCUGGAUUGGUAGAGGUCAACAUUACGGAAUUCCCUAACUACCCAACAUCACCUGAUGGCAGAGAGAUCCCACUGGAGCAGCAUAGUUCUGGCGCUGCCAUCGGCGGCGCGGUUGGUAGCGUGGCCCUGCUGGUCGCCGCCAUAGCACUGCUCGUCUUCUUCUUGCACCGUCGCCAGCGCACCUUUAAGGGUGACUACAGCACCAAAAAGCAUGUGUUCGGAAAUGGAUACAGCAAGGCUGGUGGCAUGCCUGCCCAUCCUCCGAUGCCCAAGAACCUGCAGUACCCUGACGACUCGGAUGAUGAAAAGAAGCCAGCACAAGUAAGUGGGCCCGGUGGUUUCGAGGGUGGCAAUCGGGAUUUUGACGGAAACUCCGAGGACUUGAAGAGACCCUACUUCACUGUAGAUGAAGGCGAAAGUCACGAUUACGACGAACGGACUCUAGCAUUCCAAUACGACCCUGAGCCCGAGAUCGCAGACGAUAUGGUCUCCCAAACCGACGGCUCGGUUAUUUCAAAGAAAGAGUGGUACGUGUAGAGUGGCAUGCAACAAAAUGGAAACAAAAUUACAACAUUUUGCGCUCUCCUGCAUCCAACCACCACCAUCACUAAAUCCCCCAUCCGCCACGUGUUUUAUCCCAAUCUUCACCUCACCUCACCCCACCCCCCUGACCCAGUAACCUCUGCUCUCAUCAGAGUCCAUCGAAAUAAACAGCUAUAGAAAAAUUGCUUGCAGCAUCAACACAUCAGUAUCAUUACAUAUCAGCACGCUUUAAGAUGAACCUGCUACAACAGCAAGAGGUAAUCUCAAUGACUGAUGCCAAUCAACAUCCACUAAAGCUGGACAGGCAGGUUGCUUGAAAACUAUUACAGUGUAUUAUCAUUUUUGUCUCAUUUUGUUGUUAUUAUAAAUGUAUUAAAUGUAUAAAAAAGAGACUGUAACUGUUUUGGGAAGAGGUAUUUUGCUGGUCAUAUUGUGAAUGUCUUACACUGGAUGUACGAUCUUUUUAUUGUUCAUUUGUCUUUUUUAUCUCAUUACCAUAUUGCCUUUACGUUAAAAGUCGUUUUAUUGUUUGUUUUUUGUAUAAUCUUGCUUUUUAUAUGGAGUAUUGGUUACCAGAAAAAUGUGGAACUAAAUUAGCAAUUCUUACAGAUAUAUGUGAGGUAAAAUUAGCAUUAUUGUGUCUCUGUAAACAUCAUGAUUUUGCUGUUCCUAGUGCAACCCAUUGGCACACCCAUCAUCCAUGGGACCUAUUGUCUGUAGGUCCAGAGCUAAGUGACUAAGUGGCAUGCAGUAGCUAAAUGCAUUGCCUGAAACAGUACGAUCCAAUGGAAAAAAGAACAUGGGUGCGGACUGCUGUCCAAAAACAGUAUUUAUUUUAAGACACUGCUAUGAUGGCUCAACGUUGAGAGCUGAGUGGCAGAUCUGCAGUGCUAGUCAUGUAUGUACACUGCAGUCAAGCAUGCAACCUUUUGGAAAUACUGCAAACACCCACCCCUGAUGCCGAAAACUGAUGAGAACAAGUGAGGAGCAAAUGUCCAUGACAGUUUUUGUUGGUCUUCGUCCAUUCAUCAGUCAAUCCAUCCAUCCAGAAUGUGCCAACAUGUGUUUUGUUUUCAUAGCAGUGCUUUAGCCAAGUCCAUUUCCUCUGAACUCAUAAAGGCAUAAAAGGAUAAUCCUGUAUAAUAUGGUGUUGUUAUAAAGCCAGGGUGAUUGGUAUUUAGAUUUGGUGAUUUAGAGUGAUCAAUUAUGAGGUCAAAAUGUUUUCAAGAUCUUGUAAAUAUGAACAGGUUCAAUGAUAAAGUUUAGGUUCCACAAGCCUUUAACGCUUAUGUCAACCACCAUUUAGAGACUUUUUAUGGAUGCAGUUUUUCCUAGAGCAGGUAGUGUUAAAGCUGAAGUAUGUAAUUUCUACACCAUUAGAGCCUCCAAAUUGUAUUGCAAAAAUGCAAAAAUUUGUUUUCAAAGCAGCUUCCUGAAUAAGCAAUCUGUCUGCCAUUGGUCAAUCAAAGAAGAUGGUCCAGCCCUCAACUCGCGACAGUGGUUGAGUAAAUGUUAUUGUGUUUGUACAGACAGGUCGCAGAUUUUCAUUGUGCCACAGAGACAAAGUUUUUACAGUUUUCCUUAAAAUUAACCUAUGAAUGGCAUACUUCUAGUUGUCUCUGCUUAUUAAGGUUGAAUAGAAAAAAGUAUUUUAACAGGGAAAGUUACAUACUUCAGCUUUAAUGGCUUGAGUCAUGGGAAUGAAACAACGGAAAUGUGCAAAUUCUGAAGCCAAAGUGAGAUCAGAGGUGCACAUGGCAGCGACUGGCUACCAUUGCCCAGAAAUAUGGGCACCACAGAGAGGCAUGAAACCACCAGGUUUAUGUACUGUUGGAUAUUAAAACCACAGGAUCUGUUGCUGUUUCAGCCAGGAAACCAUUCCAAAUCUUUUCUCAAUCCUCAGAGUUGGCUACAAACAUUUAGUAAAUUUUAAAUGAAUACAACUGCAUCAACAAAGAGUUACAAGAAAGUGUAAACACAUCAAACAUGUAAAUCUUUGAAAGUUGGAAAUUCAUCAAGUUAUAUGGACAUCAGUCAACAUACCUGGCAGGCUGCGAAGCCUUAAUUUACAGCAUGCCUCUCUUUUUUUCUUUUGUACCACUUUUUUUCCAGUUUAGCCAGAGCCUUCGUCUUAUGUGUUGGCCGUUCAUGGGAGAAUACCGCCAGACUUGGAUUUAGGUGUUUGUGAAUGGUAGAGCAGUUGUCAACAAUAGGAUUUCAUUUCCAGAGAUGAAUAACCUCACUAAAUGCAUAUAUAUAUAUAUAUAUAUAUAUAAAUUACAACUUGCUUUGGGUGCCACGUUUGGACGUUUUCCCAGAAAGUGGAGCUCACACACGCCCAUACUAUGAACUACACUUGCAGCUUCAGCCACUGGGGACAGUGAUUACAUUUUCAGGUAAGCACAGAUCAAUUUCAACAGCAGAACUUUCGACCUUCUGUUGCCGAAUUCACAGCGUUAUCAGUCUGUUUAAAGUAAAUGUGGUAAAAUGUCUUAAAUGUAGAUGAGAGUACUGCACUGCUAUUGGUAUCUGAAAGCAUUAUCAAAUUAGUCAAAAUAGUGAACAAAGGGGUGGGGUUUAAAUGGAAAUUAAUGCACGUUCGAAUUCUGCUGGUGCCGAUUACCUAUGGGAAUACGCAUACACCUAUGUAACUUGUGAAUCCUCAAUGCUAGACCUCAUACGUACUUUGAUUUGACUUAAAAUAGAUGAUGAAUAACUGUACAUUUGUCGCUUGGUUUUAUGAUAAAUCUUGUAUUUUAGCUUAAUAAAGUCAGUGUGCAAUUUCAUAUAAAUUGCAGUGCCUAUGACAUGUGAGAUGUAAGGUUUUACUUUUUUAUGUCCGAGACCUUUACAUAUAUAUAUAUUUUUUUUGUUUCUUUAUUUUUUGUUUUGUUAUUGUGUCCUGUCUGCUCUCACUGUACAUCAAAUUUUAAGACAGCAGCAUGAUAUUAUAGAAGUUGUAUUUUUUUUUUUAAUUGUCUUCAAGCAGCCCAUCUCUGGUCCAUCAUUACUUCGGUUACCAGCUCAAAAUUGGACAUUUUGCUAAAGCACAAGCCUAUGUUCCAACAAGUUAAUUUACUGUUUAGUUAUUUUCCUUUCUCUCUCAUUAACAUGUCGUUUUGACCCAUUCACCCAAGGGUCCUUUUUAUUUUGUUAAGCAAAGCACAAGUUACCCAUUCACCAAAUAGCUGUAACGGCUUUAUAUGUCUGAUAAGAAAACACAAAUUAAUCGAAUCAUUUUUAUUGACCCAUUUCAACUGUUUUUUUAUUUAUUUAUUUUUACAGUAGUCUGUCUGUUGGCGCUGUUGGUGUUGAGGCUUCUUGCAACAUUUAACAGUCUGCACAAGCGCAUGGGCGUACUUUUUUAUUAUUGCAGUUCUAAAGACAAAGUUCAAAAGUAUUGCUUUUUAUUUCUUCUUUAAUAUUUUCUAGAAUAAUUAUUGGUUUUCCAUUCCAGCGCCUCAUGUCUUUCUAACUGCCCACUUCAAAGCCUGACAUUCCACUGUAAAUAAUGUAUGUAACUUGGAAACUAUAGGUGAGUAUAGUGUAUGUAAGGGGUUGAACAAAAGUCAGGGACUUUGAAUGCAAACUGAACUAGGAAUCGAAUUAGACUGCUCAGUCGAUUGGAGAUGUAUAGCUUAUUGCCAUAAAUCUACUUUAACAUUGACUUCGAUAGAUUGGUUUUGAUAUGUCAGUGGGUUCUGUAUAGAGACCUGGGGUUGAUGCAUUACAAUGACUUUGUACAUAACUGUAACAAAACAAAUGACAAAAACCGAAACAAACAAAAAGAUCUUGUCUUCAUGCAGCCAUGUGAAUGUAUGUCUGCUGAGGUCGGUAAUGAUAUGAAAAAAUAUAUAUAUUGUUCACAUUUGUUGACCCAGUGAAGUAAACUGUAUUUGCUUUAAAACAUUAAAUGAUUUCAGUGUUCAAAGAUA